AUGGAAGAAAUUCACGAGGGUGUCUGUGGGAACCACAUUGGAGGUAAAGCACUGGCUUUAAAGGCACUCAGGGCUGGAUUCUACUGGCCCAGCAUGUUGUCCGAUGCGCAAGGCUAUGUGAAAAGAUGUGAUAAGUGCCAGAAGUUUGCACCGAGUAACGGUCAGGCAGAGGCCGCCAACAAGCAAAUUCUGAACGCCUUAAAAAAGAAGCUCGAUGAGUUUAAGGGAAAAUGGGCCGAGAUGGUACCGGCUGUUCUAUGGGCAAAUAGGACAACUGAGAAAGAAGCGACGGGGGAAAGCCCUUUCAAGCUAACAUUUGGGGCAGAAGCAGUGUUGCCAGUAGAAGUAGGCUUGCCCACCUAUCGGAUAAAACAUCAGGCCCUGGAAAGGAAUGAUCAGGCACUGAAGAGGAUUUGGAUUUCUUGCCUGAGAUAA